AUGGCGCAGAUCCCCGCCGCGAUGGAGGUGGCACUCCAGGGCCUGCGCGGGCUCCAAGAGCGUGGAGCUGCGAUCGACCCCGCCAAUCUGGAGGCGGAGGCCGCGGCGACGGAGGAGCGGCGCUACGCGGCAGAAGCGGCCGCCAACGCCACCAGGGAGGCAGAGCUCGCGCGGAGGGAGGCGGAGGCAGCCUCUCGCGUGGCGGCCUUGGACGCGCGCACCCAGGCCUUGACUGACCGGGAGGAGACCGCCCAUCGAGAGGCGGCCGCCGAGGCGGCGGCCAAGGAUCGGGCGGCGGAGGUUGAGCGGGAGGCGCGCGACCAUGCCUCGGCUGCGGCCCAGGAUGCGGCCACCAAGGUGAAGGAGGCUCGGCUCCUCCUCAAGGGUGAGAAGCAGGAGGCCGCCCACCGUGUCACAAUUGCGAAGGCGGUGGCCUUUGACGCCACGACGCGUGCCGCGGCCACUGAAGAGAAAGCCGCCCAUCUGGACGCGGCGGAGGGCAUCGUCCAGGGGUUUGAAGACGAGGCACGCACCCAGACCCUCGCCGUGGCGAGAGAAGUGGUGAAUACCUUGGUCCCGGUGGCCCUGGCGGCCAUCCUGCCAAGGACGAUAUUCGGCGCCUCCGUGCGCUUGUAA